AUGCCGUCAGCUAUUAAAGGCGUAAUGGUUCAGUGUGACCCUUCUAUUAAAGCAUUGAUCCUUAAAAUAGAUUCAGAAAGACAUGAUAUUGUUAUAGAGGAACUUGAUGAAACACACCUAGUUAUAGACCUGAACAAAGUUCAAGCAGUGAAAAAUGAAUUAAACAGAUUAUUAUCGAAAAAUAUCUACAAUCCAUUCGAUGAACAAUAA